GCAGUCAGCCCGCUUCGACGAGCGGCUCGAGCGACUCGAUUCAUGCUUAAGCUCACGCUCCUCGCUAUGCUCAGCUCCGUCCGGGCCCUCGUGCGGUCGCCGCUGCCGCGCGGUACCGCGCGGAGCUUCCACCGGGGCGCGCCCCUGCGCAUGGGCCUCGAGAAGCUCGAGGGCCUGCGGAACGUGGCCAUCGUCGCGCACGUCGACCACGGCAAGACGACGCUCGUCGACGCGAUGCUCAAGGAGGCCGAGGUCUUCCGCGCCAACGAGGCCGUCGAGGAGCGCGUCAUGGACAGCAACGACCAGGAGCGCGAGCGCGGCAUCACGAUCCUCGCGAAGAACGCGGCCGUGGAGUACAAGGGCGUGAAGAUCAACGUCGUGGACACGCCGGGCCACGCGGACUUUGGGGGCGAGGUCGAGCGCAUCCUGAACAUGGUCGACGGCGUCCUGCUCGUCGUCGACUCCGUCGAGGGGCCGAAGCCGCAGACGCGGUUCGUGCUCAAGAAGGCGCUGGAGCUCGGCCUCCAGGCCGUGCUCGUCGUGAACAAGAUCGACCGCCCCUCGGCGCGGCCCGACUACGUCGUCGACAAGGCCUUCGACCUCUUCGUGGAGCUCGACGCGAACGACGAGCAGACGGACUUUAGCAUCGUCUACGCGUCCGCGCUCCAGGGCAAGAGCGGCGUCGAGCCCGACGACCUCCAGGACAACAUGGCGCCCAUCCUGGACGCCAUCAUCGAGUCCAUCCCGCCGCCCAUGGUCGACAGGGAGGCGCCCGUGCAGCUCCUCGUCGCGAACAUCGACUUCGACGACUUCAAGGGCAAGCUCGGCAUCGGCCGCGUGCGCUCCGGCGUGCUCAAGGCCAACGACAAGGGCUCCUUCGGGGCAAUGAUGGGGCCCGACGACACCAUGCGGCCCAUCGCCGUCAACGACCUCUUCGUCUACGACAACCUGGGCCGCAAGGCCGUCACGGAGGCGGCCGCGGGCGAGAUCGUCAUGUUCUCCGGCGUGUCCGACAUCAUGAUCGGCGAGACCGUCGUCGCCAAGGACGCGCCGCUGCCCAUGGAGCCGCUGGAGGUCGAGGAGCCCACGGUGUCCAUGUCCUUCGCCGUGAACAAGUCGCCGCUCGCGGGCAAGGAGGGCGACAAGCUCACGAGCCGCGUCAUCCGCGACCGCCUCAUGAAGGAGCUCGACCGCAACGUCGCGCUCCAGGUCGAGCCCCAGGACUCGGGCGACGCCUUCAAGGUCAGCGGCCGCGGGCCCCUCCACCUCACGGUGCUCAUCGAGACGAUGCGCCGCGAGGGCUUCGAGCUCGAGAUCGGCCCGCCGGAGGUCAUCAUCAAGGACGUCGACGGCGUCAAGUCCGAGCCCUUCGACGCGCUGGAGAUCCAGGUGCCCGACGAGUACGCGUCGAACGUCGUGGACCUGCUGAACCGCCGCAAGGGCGAGAUGACGGACAUGGGCAAGACGGAGACGGGCGACUUCACGUACGUCAAGUACCUCCUGCCCACGCGGUCGUCCAUCGGCCUGCGCACGAACAUGCUCUCGGCGACGCGCGGCACGGCCGUCAUCGACAGCAACUUCGACUCCUACCGGCCCUUCGCGGGCGACCUCGAGGCGCGCGAGAAGGGGUCGCUCCUCGCGUUCGAGGACGGCGAGGCGACGUCCUUCGGCCUCACGGGCGCGCAGGACCGCGGCCAGCUCUUCGCGACGCCCAAGACGUCCGUCUACAAGGACAUGAUCGUCGGCGUCCACCAGCGGCCGGGCGACCUCCGCGUCAACAUCUGCAAGCAGAAGCAGCUCACGAACAUGCGCUCCGCGACCAAGGGCAUCGUCGAGGGCCUCUCGCCGCCCCUCGAGCUCACGCUCGACUCCGCCGUCGAGUACAUCACCAACGACGAGCUCGUCGAGGUCACGCCGGAGUCCAUCCGCAUGUGCAAGAAGCCCGGCUGGGACAAGAAGGGCAAAGGCAAGAAGUAGGCCCCGCGAACCCCCUCGCUCGUAACCGAACACCAAGUCG